AUGAACGGUGAAUACAACGGAUUUGCAGCAUGGAUGUUGAAAGAAAACCCAAAUCAAAUACUUGUGUGGUGUUAUGCUCACAUCCUAAACUUGGUCAUUUCCGAUACUUGUGGAUCCAUACUGUCUAGCCUCUCGCUUUUUAGACUUUCUACUAUUGGUGAAACAAGUUUAUGGUCAAAAGAUACAGCCUUGAAGAAGAUAUUUGGUGAAUUUUCAAAUACAGAUUCUGGAUUAUACGUUGUACUUGUUUCCGUGUUGUAUCAUAUUGAAAAUAAUUCGCAUUUUAAAUUUGAAGUUUGUCAAAAAGCAAAAAGAAUUAAAAGAAAGGCUCCUUAA